UCUCGCGCAUAUUUGUCAUCCACAGUGAGGCGGCGCAGCAACCAAAGUAGAAGCAGCGUCUGGAGAGACGAGAGGGGAACCCACGGCCCUGCGGCUGAGCACAUUCGGAUCUGGGCGAAAGGAGCGUCAACUACUACAAUGACCAGAGGAAACCAACGUGAGCUUGCACGUGCGAAGAAUGCCAAAAAACAGACUGAUCAUGGGAAAGGGAAGCGAGGUGAUGAUGGGCUGUCUGCGGCUGCUCGGAAGCAAAGGGAUGCUGAGAUAAUGCAACAGAAGCAGAAGAAGUCUGGCGGGGGAGGGGAAGGGGAAGGGGACAGCAAGGAAAGCACUAAGUCCAAGUAAAGAAUGAUGUCUAGGACUCAUUCAGCUCAGUGUUUGAAAAACAUCCCAUGUUCAGCACUCUUCCUGAUAUUUAUGAGAAUGGAUCUGUCAUCUUUGUCCAGACUCAAGAAUCUAGGAUCCUACUUUCUUCCCUAUGGCAAAUGACAUUACUCGUUGGAUUUGUUAUUUUAAUCGGUAAAAUUAUGUCUGAGCAAGGUAGCGGUUGUCCCACGUUGGUGCAGCAUGCAGAGGAGCAUCAGUGGUGUAAGCAGCAGGAGAGAUGAACAAUUCUUGACACAAACAUCUGUGUAACAGUAGUGUAUUUUUGUACAAAAAUGUCCCCUGCUGGUUUCAAAUAAAGUGUAUCUUUUUAGUUCA